UCUCAAUUUGAGCCAUAAUCAAUUGACUGGAUCACUGAUUGAUGGAGGCGAGCUAUCUAUUUUUGGGAGUUUGAGAGUGUUGGAUUUGAGCUACAAUCGGUUGUCAGGGCCAUUGCCUGGAUUUGAUUAUGUGUGUGAAUGCGCCCUGUCUAAAGUUCGCAAACAAAACUGUUUACCUGCAAUGCUCCCCAACUGCUCGAUAUAAUGACCACAAAGGGUUCGAUCCUACAUUGGUGCGGCAUUAUAUGGUUUAUAAUAUGGAUGAUGAUCCGACAUUCGAAGUGACCAGCCGGAGAACUCACACUUGGCUUCUGCAUGAGAUGGCGAGCAACGGAUGUUUUCCAAAUGUUUUUACUUGCAACAUCUUGCUUCAGAGUCUCUGGAAAGAGGGAAGAACAUGGGAGGCAGAAAUGCUGCUGCAAAAGAUGAAUGAGAAAGGUUAUGGUUUGAAUAUUGCGAGCUGCAAUAUAGUUAUUGAUGGCUUAUGCCGAUGUGGGAAGUUGGAUAAGGCAAUGGAGAUCGUUAGUGGCAUGUGGCUUCAUGGAAGUGCAGCGCUUGGUAAACUUGGGAAGAUCUCCUCUGCUUUUAAAGUUCUUAGGGACAUGGAGAAGAAAGGCUGUCAACCAAGCGCAAGAACCUACAACUUGCUGAUUUGGGGCUUGGGAAGGAAAAAUCAAAUCAGUGAAAUGCACGAUUUAAUUGAUGAAAUGUGUGAUAAAGGCGUUUCUCUGGAUGCUAUGACGUAUAAUAACCUGAUUCAGGCCUUUUGUGAAGGUGGAAUGAUUAGUAAAGCUGCCUCGAUUUUGAAUGAGAUGAUGAAGGGUGGAAUCCUGCCCAAGUUAGCUUCUUUCAGCCUGUUGAUUAAAGCCUUUUGCAAGGUCGGUGAGUUUGAUGCUGCUCAAGGUGCAUUCCUAAUCGGUCUUGCCAUUUGCGGUGAGAAGGAGGUUCUCUAUAGCUUGUUUUGCCACGAGUUGUGUAGAUAUGGUAAGGUGUUGGAGGCUAAGGAGUUAUUUCAAAUUUCCUUUGAAAAGGGCUUUGUUGUUGAGAACUUCUCAUACAAAUAUCUUAUUGAGGAACUCUGCAAGGAGAGCAGAGUGGAUGAUGCUCAAUUUUGUAAGCCUCUUCAUGUGGUAAUUUUAAAGCCCGCAUUCAAAGUCUUCGAUCCGGGAAUCUGCCUUCUGCAACUUCUUUGUCAAUAAUGCGUCUCGACGGAGUCGAGCCUUUUUUUUCGCUAGGGGAGAAUGAUGCGGUGCAUCUUAUGCUUAUGGUGUUCCCUAGGACAUCUUAUCUAAGUUUGUUAGAAUGAGGUUCUAGAAUUCUCUUUUUGCUAUUAUAAAUAGGAGGUUUUGUAAUAGGAAAGGUAUUGAAUGAA